CUUCCCUCGCCCGGCUCCGCGCCUGGGUGUCCCGGCCGCGUCCGGCCGGACAUGCUGCCCGACUGCCUGUCGGCGGAGGGCGAGCAGCGCUGCCGGCGGCUGCUGGCGGGGGCCACGGCCCGGCUCCGCGCGCGGCCCGCCGCGGCCGCGGUGCUCGUGCCGCUGUGCUUGGUGCGCGGGGUCCCGGCGCUGCUCUACACGCUGCGGUCCAGCCGCCUGGCCGGGAGGCACAAGGGUGAUGUCAGUUUCCCAGGCGGCAAGUGUGACCCCACUGACCGGGACGUGGUGCACACGGCCCUGAGGGAGACCCACGAGGAACUGGGCCUGGCUGUGCCUGAGGAGCAUGUAUGGGGCAUCCUGCAGCCCACGCAUGACCAGGUGAAGGCCUCAGUGGUGCCGGUGCUUGCCAGCGUGGGCCCACUGGAUCCCCAGAGCCUCAGGCCCAACCCCGAGGAGGUGGACGAGGUGUUCGCACUGCCCCUGGCCCAUCUGCUGCAGGCGAAGAAUCAGGGCUACACCCACUUCCGCCAGGGCGGCCUCUUCAGCUACACACUGCCCGUCUUCCUGCACGGGCCACACCGGGUCUGGGGGAUCACGGCUGUCAUCACCGAGUUCACCCUGCAGCUGCUGGCACCUGGUGCCUACCAGCCCCGCCUGGCCAUCCCUCAGCUGUCCAGGGGCUGAGGCCUGGCCCUCAGCAGCCCCUACCUUCGCGCUGCCAGGCCAGCUCCACUUCAGGACUGAAUAAAGAGCCUUUACACCA